CAAACAUUUGCCAUGCCGGAAGGCGUUGUUGCCAAGAAGCGUUAAAUACAGUGUAUCUGUAUCAUAUUCUGAAAGCAAUACAAUAACGUUUGACAAACUUUGUUAUGUUCUUUUACAGUACUAACAUAAUGAUGACGAAAAGUGGAACAACAAAUGAACACAUUAUAUAGUGGAAUGUAGUAGCCAUAGUGGUGACGGAAGUUUAAUUUUGUUGAUUUACUGAGGUGUAAGCCAGCAUGAAAAAGAAAAAUCUUAUUAAAAUUUAUGGAUUGCUUCGACAGUUGCGAAGCUUUUCGCUGAGUGCGACAUCUACGAAAUGGAUUGAACCAUCUGGAUUUCGUACCCCAAUCAAUGUGUAUAACUCUUUAACAAAGUGCAAGGUUCCCUUUAUAACUAGAAACAAGAAUUUCGUGUACUGGUAUUCGUGUGGACCAACAGUAUACGAUUCUGCGCAUAUUGGACAUGCAAGCUGUUACGUGAGGUUUGAUAUUGUACGAAGGAUAUUAGCCAAUCACUUUGGAAUGAACGUUGUUUUUGUUAUGGGAAUUACAGAUGUGGAUGACAAAAUAAUUAAGAUGGCGCUCUCGCAAGGUGAAGACAUUAAGACACUGACAAGGCACUAUGAGAAUGAGUUCUUUGAAGAUAUGACAAAGCUGAAUGUUCAGAGGCCAUCAAUAACAGCACGUGUUACUGAUUAUAUACCUCAUAUUAUUGCAUUUGUUGAGAAUCUUUUAACAAAGAAGCAUGGCUAUAUCACCAGUGAUGGUUCUGUGUAUUUUGAUGUUAAGAGCUUACCAGGUUAUGGUAAACUUGUUCAGGUUGUUAUUGAUGAAGCAGAAGAGAUUUCUAAUGCUAUGGAGAAGAGGUCUCCUCAGGACUUUGCUUUAUGGAAAGGGUCAAAGGAAUAUGAACCCUUCUGGCUAGCACCAUGGGGAAAAGGCCGACCUGGUUGGCAUAUUGAAUGUUCAGCAAUUGCAAGUGCACUCCUGGGAGAAAGUAUUGACAUCCAUUCUGGAGGUGUUGAUUUACUUUUUCCGCAUCACGAAAAUGAAGAAGCUCAGUGUUGUGCACGUCAUGGUAUCCCUCAAUGGACAAAUUACUGGCUUCAUUCAGGUCACUUACACCUGAAAGAAAGUGGAAAAAUGUCAAAAUCACUGAAGAAUACCAUUUCUAUUUCUGAUUUCUUGAAGGAAUACACUUCUAAUGAAUUCAGAAUGUUCUGCUUGCUGAGUCAUUACAGAAACAGCAUUGAGUUUACCCACUCAUCAAUGGAGCAUGCUCGAGGAGUGUACAGAAAGAUUAAGGAUUUUCUUGUAGACUGUGAAGCUUCUAUAAAUGGAUAUAAGGAUACAGGAGUAAUUGAUGAACCUGAAGUUCUGAAGUCAUUAGAAGAGGCAAGGAUCAGUAUUCAUUCAGCACUGGCUGAUGACUUUGACACAAGUAAAACAACAAGUAUUAUAAUGAAUCUGAUUCACUUUGUAAAUAAAAUGCUGUUAAAUAAAAGGAAUGAUGUUUAUGUUGGAAGCCAGGCAGCUGGAUUGGUAGCAUGCUGCAACUUCGUAAAGAACACUAUGGAAUCAUUUGGAGUAACUUCUUCUACGGGACAGAAACAUAGUGAAACAACAGUCACAGCCGAUGUUGGGCUGGUUAUUGAUAGUGCAUUGACAUUCAGGAACACUGUCAGAGAAUUGUCUAUAUCGUCACUGAAGGAUAAAGAUAUCGAGAAUCGUGCUGAAAAAUCAAAAGCAAAUUCCGAGGCCUUGUUGAAAGCAUGUGACAACUUCAGGGAUGAUCUUCGCAGUGCCGGCAUAAUAAUUAAGGAUCAUAACAAAAAGUCAUCUUGGGUGUACAAUAAAUCUGGAGUUGACAGAACAAAAACUACUGGAAAGAUGUAAACCGUAAUGAUUUAUGAAACUGUUGCAUAAUUUGAAACUUAUUUAUCAGUGUUGUCACUCUGUUACAUCACUUCAGUCAGAACAACCAUUGUAAUAUUGUUUCUUCCCAUUUGUGUGAAUUAAAUAACUGAACUUA